UUGAACACGCGUGGCAAUUUAUUUUGGUCGAAAAUACUUCCAUUAUGGCUGUUCCGAAUGCGCAGCUGGUUCGAGCUGCUGGAAACAUCGUAGCGCUUCAAAGCGGCCGGCAGGAGUACUUUCCACAGCCUCCGCGCACACCGCCUAAUCCAAUAUUUCCUCCGGACUAUCAGAGAGAUGCACUGCAUUUUCCUGAGCGCAAAGGAAAACGCUUCGACUACGGAAUGUUCACACGCUUUGACCAGAACAACAACGACGAUGACGACUACGGCGAUCGAGCUCGGUGCUGCGAACACGUUUGCACAGCACGCUCAUCCAAACGGGCCGAACAAUUGUCGCCCUAUUCCCGAUACUGGAACCUAAUUAGCCGUCCCAAUAUCUUGCCUUUAAAUAUGAUGACUAUGGAUAUAACUAAAACUGAACCCGGACUUGUCGGGCUAUCGAAUCAACAGCAACAACAACAGCAGCAGCAAGCCGGCCAGCAGCAGCAGCAACAGACCGCAAAUAUGAACAACAACAAUAACAACAAUGGACAUAGCAAUAGCAACAACAACAACAAUAGCAGCAGCAUUGCUGCGGCAGCCAACAACAACAAUAACAACAACAAUGGAAGCCAACUAUGCGCCGGUUGCGGCAAGCACAUACAGGAUCGCUAUUUACUGCGCGCCCUCGACAUGCUCUGGCACGAGGACUGCCUGAAGUGCGGCUGCUGUGAUUGCCGGCUCGGCGAGGUGGGCUCCACUCUUUACACGAAGGGCAAUUUGAUGCUUUGCAAGCGUGACUAUUUGAGAUUGUUUGGCAACACGGGCUACUGCGCCGCCUGCAGCAAAGUCAUUCCGGCCUUCGAGAUGGUCAUGCGUGCCCGCACUAAUGUCUAUCACUUGGAGUGCUUCGCAUGCCAGCAAUGCAAUCACAGAUUCUGUGUUGGCGAUCGAUUUUAUUUGUGUGAGAACAAAAUACUCUGCGAGUAUGAUUACGAGGAGCGAUUGGUGUUCGCCUCGAUGGCCAACCAUCCGAUGUUGAAACGUCACGUCAGCUCUCUGGGCCAGGGCUCGCCGACGGGUGCGGCUGCAGCUGCUGGCGGCCUUCUGGGUGGCGGACCUGGCGCCAAUGGUGGCAAUGGCGGUGGCGGCCCGGUUGGCGCCGGCAACGGCAAUGUCAUGGUGAAUGGUCCCCGUACCCCGGGGGAUCACAACAACAACAACAACGGACCGCAGACGCCCAGCGGUGGCGUGGGCUCCCCAUUUGCCGCUGCAGCGGCGGCCGCUGCCGCUGCACACAUGAAGAACUCGCUGGGUGCGUCCAGCUAAAAUAAAGUCAUGGGCACAAGCGUCAACGGCGGCGCCGGCGCUGGCAGUCAGUCACACUUCUACGGCGCAGGCGGCAGCGGACACAACAACAACAGCAGCAGCAGCAGCAGCAACAGCAACAACAUCAACAACAGCGUUCAUUUCAGCAUGCAGCACCAACACCAGCAACAGCAACACCAUCAACAGCAACACCAUCAACAGCAGCAGCAGCAGCAGCUCAUCAACCUGGGACUCAGUGGUGUGGGCCUGGGCAUGGGCAUGAGUGCUGCUGCUGCCGCCGCUGCUGCUGGGCUGAGCGGCAACGUCUGCGUCGGCAACGGCAGUGGCAGCGGCAAUGGCAGCGGCAAUGGCAGCGGCAGCGCCGGCGGUGUUGGCAGCAUGGGCAGCAGCUGUAAGCGCUACCAAAGAAAAUUCUAUAAUCGCAAUUGAGCGCCCGAUCGUUUCGCGAGUUGCCCAAACACGCAGAUUUCAAGAUUCAAGUGACAUCUAUGUUAUAUACGAGUAUACAUACAUAUACUUAUGUCUAGGAAUAUAUACAAAUAUUGUACACGAAUAGCUUCUAUAUGUGUAUGUACCGUUAAGUGUAGUUACAUAUUUUGUUUUGACUGAGUUGAAGUUAAUUCUACAUAUUUUUUUUACCCAAAACUAUUCAAAUGGAUAAUCAAGUGUGUAUAUUGCAUUCGUAUGAUAAGUACAUAAAUACUAUAUACAGAUGUACGAGUAUGUACUAUAUAUGUAGGAAUGUAGACAUUUUAAUUAGCCCAUUGCCCGUUGCUCAUUAAACAUAAGGCGACAAUAUUAAUGUAAUGCAUUUUUUCUCUCGUUUUUUUUUUUUAAAGCACUUGUAAAUAAUUUGCGUGCAAUUGCAGAAUUGCAGAUUUGUUGACGUUGAACGAAAAGAAAAAGAAAAACAAAAACAAAACAAAAAACAUUAAAUAAAUGAACAGUUAUUUUGUAGACAUUCUUAGUUGAAAGGAGAAAAUUAUUAUAGAUGCGCAUAUUUUGUGUUUUAGUUUUGUUUUUAGGAGGGACUCUCAAAAACUACAAUUCAAUAUCCAGUUCUCAUUUUUUACAAUUGUUGACUAGACACUUCUCUCCGGUAGCGCUUAAAGCGAAUUUCCAGUUACAGCCACCCGCUCUUAAAUUGAUUUUAAUUUAGUUAUAAGAUCACAUUUGAAUUUUGUGUAAUUUUUAAAUCUGAUUUUUACUUAAGUUUUUUAUUUUUAUUUUUUAACUCUAUGCCCAGCAACGCUUGAAGCGAUCAACUGCGGCCGGCGGUGCCAAAUUAUGAAUUUUAUAAUAUUAAAAACCAGUGCCAAAAAAAGUGAAGAAAACAACAACAAGAACAACAGCAACAGAAAGAAAUAAGGGAAAACUAGCGGCAAUGUGCGAAUCGACUUAAAUGCUUUAGAUUUUUAUUUAUUUCAUUGUAUUGCUAUUCGAACACAAAGCUCUGCUGCUCAUCUCCUUUGUAGCCCACAGAAAGAAAGCAGAAAAUCAAUUGUUAAACAUCCCCACCGACGUUUUAUGUAACAUUUAUUUCAUUCAACAUUUCAACAGCUUAUUAGGACUUGUUAAAUUUUCGUCUACAUUUCGAAAACUCAAUACUUUGUAAAUAUUUUACAUAAACCACACAUUUUUUUGCAUAUGCUAAAAAGUAGUUCUUUUAGUGCUCGCUCAGUGAAGUGAAGAACAUAAUGAACAUAUAAAUAAACGAGCUGCAACAUUGUUGAUUAUUAUUUAAGUUUAGUUUAGUUUAGUUUAGUUUAGUUUAGUGUGAGGCUAACAAUUUAUGAACCCAUUUUUUUUUUGUUUUUUUUUUAUUCAUUCAUAGCAUAAAGAACAAAGUAAAAUACGAGGCAAAAGCUUGCAAACGCAAAUGUAUAAAAAAAGUUGACAUAAAUGGAAUGGCAUCGCUCAGUUUUUGCAUGCCAGGCAUAUUAUAAAUAAAGUGUAUUUAUUGAAACUCAUUCACCCUUUCAUUUCAAUAUGUGUGUAUUAGAAUUGAAGUUAAAGAGACACACAAAAAAGUGUGCAGGCUCGUCGUACAAUUCCAUGCGAAGAGUGCAAUAUUUUUUCAUGAAAAUGAGCGCAGAAGAGUUUUAAAAAAUGUAACAAAACUAGCAAAUAUAAUAUGUGUAUGUAUUUAUGUGUAUAUGUAUUCAAAUAAAUGGAAAUAUCUAUAAUGCCA